UGCCUGCCUAAUACUAACACUAUCACUACUACUGCUACUACUCCACACUAACCCUCUUAGCUCGUCGAAACCACCUCCUCCACCACCACUUCAACGCUCGCCCUAUACACACACACGCACACACACAUUCACUCUCCCACCCACGCACUCUACCUACCUACCUUGCGCUCGCCUCUGUCCGCCAUUCAGCCAUUCUGUGCGUGAAGCUGCCGAGAGACAUGUCCAGAGUGUCUUAAAGUCUAUUCCUCCAUGUCGACCUUCUCAUGAGCCUUAUUCAUUCCGCUUCCCAUCGCCUCCAAGCGAAGCCUUGUCGCUUCGGCGGCCUUUGUGUGACGCCAAUCCGCAUCCAACACUGCCGCCAUGCAGACUACCAAAACCGAACGAGCCUUAGAGCUCGACCGCCUAUAUCAAGCCCGCCGGGGCCAUACCCCACAGAUAUCCAUAAGCGAUGAAACUCACCAUAUAACGGAGGCUAUCGGGGACAUGUACGGGCGUGAAGAUGACCACUUUCGAAAGCGGGACCCUAGACCUUUGAGCUUUGUCAGUUCUCCGCAAGGCGAGAACUUCGAAAGCAAUCCGAGCCGAAGCCAGAUUCCUCGAACUCCAUCGAACGGAGCACCGAUAAGAUCCCCCCUCAGUCCGACGAACACGCGAACUGCAUCGACAAAUCAAGAUAAUGGACAUCCCUCUCCUCCUUCCCUCAACCGGACCAAUUCAGACACAGCCCAACAACAAUUUCCCAUCAAUGACCUGGACUACGAGUCCAGCCCUGCGGCUGUCGCCCAGGAGCUUAGUAACCUUCAAGCAAUACGGCGCAUGUCAAUGGAUGUCAAUAAGUCUGAUCCCGAUCUUCCAUCGUUUGGUGGUGGCAUCUCGAUACCUCCGAUGGCCCCCUCACAUGAAACCGAUGAGAACGAUGCAUCGACAUUAUACUGGGUACCUGCGUCGCUCCACCCAGAGCUUGCGCCGAAGGAGUUCAAGACCUUCAUCGAAGAAAGGGUAGAGAAAAUGCGAAGGCGGAACAGCGGAGGUGAGGACAGCCUAUCCCCUGACGGCCUUGGACGUUCAGGAUCCGGAGGAGGCCUGCGAAGAAAGAAGUCAAUGUUGUCGAAACAGAUCAACAGUGGUACUGAUUACAAGGAUGGUGCGGAUAGACUGGAACGUAAGAAAUCCGGUGCGAAUCAACUACCAAACGCCCUCGAGAAUAUUUCGGAGCUCGAGCAUUUGGUCAAUGAUCCUUCUUCCAUAGUGCAACGAACGAGCGGCGAUACCUUGCGUAGAUCAAAUGAUUCUGGGGAGCAACCUGACGAUAUGCCAAUUCUACCUGCAAAGUUAGGUACCCCUUUGUUGAAGCGAUCCAUAAGGACAAACUAUCGCAGGGGUAGCUUAAGAAAGGGAGAAAGAGUUGGGACGACGCCUCGUAGACCAGGGUUCAGAGGUGCCGAAACCGAUACGGAAGAGUCCCCAGUGUCGUCACCAAGUACCACACACAAUCCCGACUUUCCUGGUGCACCGUUGACUAGGGUACAAACUGAACCCUUGAAUCGCCGCCCUUCAGCAGCAGAGAAUUUCUCACGGCCUACUAGAAAGCGUUCUCCACCAAACCAAACGCAACCGUACCAGACUCCUUCGACCGACGAUAAAGAAGCUUCAGGCCGACAACAGAAAUCUUUCCACUCUAGAAUUGCGUCAAACGGACGUACGACUGCAAAUUUGCCCGGCUACGGACCUCAGCAGAAGGUCCCCUCCAUUGUAGAGACUCCGCCAGCAGACACGUCGAAAAGCGGUGUCCAGCUUCCGGCGCGAUCAUCUUCUCAUGAAAUUCCUCCACACUUGAACUCCCAGCAACCACAGCACACACCGCCUCCAGCAGGUCCGCUACCUGCCCGCCCACCGCUCAUCAAGCAAGCUUCGAAUGCAAACAGAGAACCGCCCAUCAGAGACAGGCCACCGUCGAAGCCUACCAACCAGACCCUGGAAGAUAUCAUCUCAAAACCCACCCCGCUUCCCGGGAAUCUGAGUACCAGGACUGAUACUCUCUCAUCCAUUCCGUACGAUGAUAAGAAGUUGGAGAAGAAACCUUCACGGGAAGGGAAGAGUGGUGAAGGAAGUGGCAAGAAAUGGUGGUCUUUCGGUGGUAGCGACGACAAAGAGAAAGACAAGGAAGAAAAGGAUCUAUCGAAGAAGUCGUCAAAAUCGAAAUUCACAAAAGCCAACAUCGACAAAUCUCAUGAUAAUACACGCCUGGACGUUCUUCAAACGUCGAUUGAUGGCUCUAAAGGUCGCGAGAGCCUCGUUCUGGACCGAGAAAACGUCAAGUUAGACGAAGAGCGUCGUAAAGACAGCAAUCGUAAAGCGUCUGGCAAUGAAUCAAAGAAAGAGAAGGGGGGCUCGACGUUUCUUUCAUCUCUUUUUGGCAGUACGAAGAGAUCUGAGAAGGAGUCUGGCGGUAAAAGAGCGAGCUCUUCAAGGGGAAUCUCACCAGAGCCUCCACUUCGAAUUCUCAAGCCCGAUAUCGAUUACAAUUGGACACGUUUCUCGAUCCUUGAAGAAAGGGCGAUCUAUCGGAUGGCCCAUAUCAAACUUGCAAAUCCUCGUCGCGAGCUUUACUCACAAGUGUUGCUCAGCAAUUUCAUGUAUUCAUACCUUGCGAAAGUCCAGCAGAUGCAUCCCCAGAUGCAGAUAGCACAGUCGCCAGCGCAACAGAAGCAGCAGCAGCAGCAGCAGCAAGCCCAGCAACAGCAAGCCCAACAACAGCAGACGCAGCCAGAGCAGGCCGACCCACAAGGGUCUCAACAACGGCGCCAGACGCAGUCACGUCAGAGAGCAGACCAACCUGAGGAGUUCUCCCAGUAUCAGCGUUAUCAAGAGCAAGCGCGCCUUGACACGUCUCCGUCCACGCUGGACACCAGCAAUCAUGGGCCCCUCAGGCCGGAUCCGCCUUCCCCCGCCGACGAUCGUGAUCAGCAACGUUCCAAUUCCAGACCCUCACGUCAGCAGGAAUAUGACCGACAUCAGAACAGCAACGGAUAUAGUGUUGCCAGCGGCGAUCGAUACAUGGGCAACCAUGGCAGCAGUUCCCAGCAAGGAUAUUAUCAACAAGACCUUUUUGAUGAUAAUGACAACACUAAAGACGACGAAAUGUGGUGAAACGACUCAUUGCGUACAACCAUGCACACAACCACACCUUUUUGUUGGCUUCGCCCGCGUAUCCCAUGACCUCAUCUUGGUUAUACGAUGCCCAUUCGGAAUGGUAGUCCUUGGUGAUUUCAAGUUAAGGAGUAUAUCCCUCCAAUGUUUUGACCCAAGGAGUUCGCAAGACUUCCGACGCAAGGGCAACCCCCAGACUCGCACGCAUCCACUAGAUUCGGACAUAUGAAUUACCUUGCCCAGGUCCUUGUCCCGGCGCACACACGUCCUAGUGACGGUCGCUAGAGA